AUGGAGAAAUUACUAAUUAUCUGAUCUUGCUUUUGAAUAGGGGCUUUCUGUCUCAAUGUUGAGGAUAUUGCAUCAGGAUUUCGAAGAGAGUUGCAUCAAAGUGGUCGGCACCUGAUGUACAUGGAUCUCGAAACAGUUGAUGUGUUUGGGAAUACCACAAAUUUAAUGUACUACUACUCAAACCUUUACUUUGGAGAUCAUGAUAACUUAUCAAAGCAGUCGUUGAUCCUAGACACUGGAUCAGGGAUCACCUGAUUCCCUUGCAAGGAUCUAUGCCUGCAGUGUGGCAAACAUUUGAACACUUAUUAUGAUGUGAUGAAUUCAAAAUCUGUAGAAUUUUUAAAUUGAAAAUAAGGACCACUGCACUUGUAGCACUGAAGACAGAUGUUUCUUUGCUCAGAGGUACGGAGAAGGCUCUUCAUACCUGGGCUUCUGGAUUAAUGAGAAUGUGUACCUCAAUAGCCAAGAUGAUGUGAAUAAUACGAUAAAAAUGACAGUCGGUUGUGUCACUGAGGAGACUAAAUUAUUUAAAACUCAGAAGGCAGAUGGAAUCAUGGGACUCAGCACUGCAGGGAAUCUAAAAUCGAAGCCAAUCUACUAUCACCUACAUGAAGCUGGCUUGAUUGAGCAUCUGGAAUUCUCUCUCUGAUUAGGCCACAAUGGAGGAAAAUUUAUUGUGGGUGGAUAUGACGAAAAAUUAAUUGUUAACACUUCAGAAGAAUGCCAACAAGAAAACUGACUACAAUGGACCAAGAUGCGAAGAGAUUCACAGUUUAAAGUUAAUUUAGAGAAGAUCAAGGUUGGGAAUAUCAUAAUCCCUUCAAAAGUCAAGAUAGGAUUUAUUGAUUCUGGGACUACUUAUACCUACAUGACUUCUGCUCAGAAGGCUCAAAUCGAUAGAGCAAUUACAAGUCUUUGUGAGACUGGAGAUUAUAACUGCUACGGCAAGAAAGUAGGUCUAGGAUGAUAUAAGUUCAAAGAGACUAAAAGCUUAUCUGUAAAAGAUUUCUUCCUGUCAUAUCCAAUCCUUUCUUUUGUUACUAAAGAAGGAGGCACCAUUAAAUGGUUUCCUAGCGAAUAUUUCAUCAAGUUUAAAGAUAAAUAUUGCUUAGCAAUCGACCCUUAUGGAGGAGGAGCCGAAAUAAUUAUGGGAGGAAGCUCAAUGAGACAAACAAUGUUCAUUUUCGAUAAAGACAAUAACAGAGUUGGUUACGCUAGAGCAAAGUGCUCUGAAGAUGCAAACAUGAUCAUGACUGAUUCAGAGAUAUUUGCUAGUAAUAAAGCUGAGAAGACAAAGGAAGAAUGAUAUAACUGCAUAACUGCUCAACUUUCAGAUGAGCCUUUGUUCUAUGGUGUAAUCACAAUCCUACUCUUAUUGAUAUUUUGAUUAUGAACCUUAGUAGGCUAUAAGUGCUUCAAGAAAAUCCGGGAAAACAGGCAAACUCGGUUUAUCAGAUAUGAAGUUGAUGCUAAUUCUUCUUCUGUGAUGCGAGGAGAGGAUAGCAUCCAGCUUGAGCUGGAUGAAGUUCCUCACUAAGUGAAUAGUGAAAUGAAAGAGUAGAUGAAUUCAAUAUUGAA